UUAUUUAAUUGAAAUCUUAAAAAAUAGUGAAAAUGAUCAGCAAUGAACAGCCAAAAAUCCUAUUUAAUUUACAUUAGAAAAUCAUCAUAUGAGAUUUUGGAUGUGAAAUCACCUAAUUAACCUUAUCAGCUGGCUAAUAUUUUCAAACCAAUAACUGCAUCAACAGAUGAACAGAAAACCCAGUGAGAGGGAUGUGACCUACAUGUUGUACAGCACUGGUUCCCACCCUGGGAGCGGGUCACAAGAUGGAUCUGAGGGGUCACAGGAGGAUUAAUGUCACAGCAAAGCAGGAGAAACAUUGUUCUUUAACAUAAAUGUGUGUCCCUUUUCCCUAUUAGCUUGUGUGUUUGCUCGAAAACGAAGCAAUCGGUGACAAAAGAGGCCAGAAUCAAUGUCAUAGACAAUGUGGGGCAGCUGAUGUUGCUCCAUAUUGAGGCAAACCUAAAAAGGCUGGGGAGGGGAACCACUGGAAUACAGUACAAAUGUUGCUAAUUUGCAUAUGACCCACUAUAAUCCACAUUUCCGCCUGCAGUUUUUAUUUAGGUUAAAGUGAAAGCCGAUUCCCAUUAAGAGUGGCUUAUUGUGUCUGCAUGAUUAAAGAGGAGAGAGCUGUCUGUGGGGGUGAAAUCUGUCCAUCUGACCGUCACGAGGGAGCAGCGCAGAGCUCCACAUGCCUGACAUGUGUUGUGUUUAUCAGUGUGCAGCAUGAGUGACGUCUCACAGGUGUGUCGUGCAGCUGAUCCCCCCUCCCAGCAGCGCCGAACGUCACCUGGGCUGGAGGAGCUGUUUGCACCUUCAUAUCGCCUCCUCUCAGAGUCCCCGCCUGCCAGUUUGACUUUGACACACAUUUCCUGUCAUGUUUGACUCCCAUGUAAGCCGCUGUCAGGUCUUUCUUAGCGGCUCUGGGAGCCAAUCUGCUUAAGAAUGUGUCAAGUCAGGCUCGUGCCCACAGAUGUGUUCAGGCAACAUGUUCCCUUCUUGUUAAAAAUCAACAGAGACGUACUCCAAACCUCUGUCGUUGCUGUGGCUACGGUAGCCACAGAUUAAACUGACCCGUCAGAUGUGCUCAGUGUAGUCAUGUGUGUUUGUUUUGGACGUGCAGUUGGUUAGGUAGUGCUAUCACUUUUAAUCUGCAGCUUUGUAGUGAGCAGGCCUGGCAGGAGCCGCUUACCGGAGCUGGACUCACGCCAUAUGUUUGCCUGGUCGCAUAGAGACUGUGGCCGCUACUCUCUCCUCCCUCCACUCUGACCAUCCUAACCGGUUUCACCGGCUUACCAUGGCUUUAGCAUCUGUGCAGUAAAUUUAGGGCAUAGCUGUUUGCUUGUCUGCCUGGUGGUUUAAACCAGGGAAACCUCGCUGUGAUUGUUAGUUGUGUUGGUUCGCUGCACUGAGACAUCUCUGCAUGUCCACAAUGAGGCUGAGAUCCAGGAGUAGAGACAGAAGGGAGAGACAAAGAGAGGAGGAGGUGAAAUUUGAGGAGAUUGAAAUGAUUCCAAAGUCAGGAAAAUCUCCAGCAGACUCACGAAAAGGUGUCGGCAUCCACGAGUUUGCAGCGCUUGCCAGAUCCUCCUUGAAUGGUAUCUCCCAGGCAGUGAGGGACCAUGUGACGAAGCCCACCUCGCUGGCUCAGGGCCGGGUCGCCCACCUCAUCGAGUGGAAAGGCUGGCCCAAACCUGCAGGUCCUCCACAGGCCGCCCACUCCCAGUUCAGCUCCUACUGCCACCUGACUGAAGGGGAGAAGGAGGCCCGCUUUGCUGCAGGAGUGGCCGAGCAGUUUGCCAUCGCUGAGGCUAAGCUGCGAGCCUGGGCUUCCAUGGAUGAAGAUGAUGAGGAAGACUCCAACGAUGAAGACUCCCACGCCAACGGACAGACUCACACCAUGGCCACCCAGAGCUCAGACGCCGCCAUGUCCAGUCCUAUCACCGGAGCGCCAUGCCAGCCUGAGAUCGACGGCGGUGAGGCGCCGCCCUUCGACAGCCUGCUGGACUCGAGCAUCGUCGGCAGGCUGCUCUGUGGUCGGCCUUUAAGUCACGACGACCUACAUUCAUCCCAGACCAACUCACCUACUUUACCCAGCGACUGCUUGAGUCCGUUCCUGGAGGAGGAAGAGGAGGAGGAGGAGGAAGAGGAGGUGAGGCUGGAUGGUCUUGAGGAGCAGCCGACGCCUUUGCAGGAGCAACGCAGUGAAGUCUGCGUCCACAACAAGCCUGAGUUCAGGCCUCGGGGCAGAAGCAGCAGGUUCGACUCCUGCUACUCCACCUCACACUCGGAGUCUCCUGGAGAGGAGGACGAGGAGGACGAGGAGGAGGAAGGCAGCGUGUUCCACGAGGUUCGGGUUUGGCACUGCAGGAGCUUCUUCUCUGACCGGGCGUCCUCUGGAGUGGCGUCGUUUGAUGAAGAGGAGGAGAGAGAAGAAGAAGUAGAGGAGAAGAAGGAGGAGAAAGAGUAUUUGAUGUGAUGUGUCGUUCAUCUUUAUGUCUCUUUGAGUCUGUGUUGAUUCUGGAUAUGACAUAAUCUAUCCUGCUUCCACUGUACACCUCUUCCACCUCCUCCUCUCCUUCCUCUGAUCAUCUGUCCUCCACUCGCUGCCUUCUGUCUCUCAUCCUCCAGGCCUUUCAUACUCUGAUCUCACUCCACCGCUGCUGUAAACAGUAUAUAUGUUGGAGAGUUCAACCAGAAUGUAAAGCUGUUGUUCAAACUGAGUUUUGUACAUUUUUGUGAGGAGUCAUGUGUCGCUAUAUCAUUGGUUUUCUAUGGAUAUUUUGUAGUGUUGUUUUUCGGGGUCAUGCCGUGUCAUGUGGGUUGGGCUAUGUUUGAUAUCGGAUGCCUGAAUGUCCUACAUAUAUAAAUAUGAUUUUUUUUGAAAGAAGA